AUGGACGAAAUCACCAACACCAUGAACACAGACAAAGAGGCAGCAACCGCGGAGCCGCAGCCGGCCGUGCGCGUGCGCGUCGUCGACGCCACGACGCGGAAGACCAUGAAUGAGCAGACAGAGGUCGUCUUCGUGCCCUGCGCGGACUCCGAACCGAUUAAAAUCAAAAAUAAGGCACUGGAGCAGCUGCCGGCGCGCCGCUACCUCGUGAAGGCGACGGCUCCCGGGUAUCAGCAGCUCAACUACCUGGAGGGCCCCAUCAACAUCUACCACGACCACCUCGUCGUGGACCAAGACGGCCGCCCCCAAAGAGAAGUCGUGAUUCAGAUGGAGCGGCGCGUCGCGGCGGUCUGGCUCUCGGUUUCCGAUUGCAGAGAUGGGAAGGCGCUGCCUACCGCUUCCGUGCAAUUGUUAGAUGAGAAAGAAAACGUGUGCCAUGUUUUUGAUGCGCCUGGUUCGCAUGACGUCGCUGCUGUUACAUCGGUAACUAAAACGUACGCCUUGAGAUUGCACCUGAGGGGCUACGUUUUGCAUGGGCCUCAAUCCGUAACAUUAGAACGAGGCAAGCGUAUCGACCUAUUAAUGACGGCGCGGCGCACGGACGUGAAAGUGGUCUGCCGCGACCUGCGGAGCGGGCGACGGAUCGACGAUGUAGAUAUACAAUUGAUUAACGAGGAGAACGAGGUUUUAGAAGGGGAUACGGUGGACACUGAUGUUGAGUACCGUAUUGUCUGCCGAGCGGAAGGAUUCCGCCAGGUUACAAGAAUACAAAAAUGUACAUUCCCGCCAAAAUUAUUCGCAGGGAGCACCUCCCCACUAGAAGUGAGAGUUGAUCUGGAACCCGUCAAAAGUUCAAUACCUCUGGCGCCGCCUAGAAGGGCGGUCUGGGGCUGGUUGGCAUUAGAUCAGCCGUCUCGGAGUGCUCCCGAGACAGAGACAGCUCAAAAGAAGCCAAAGAAGAAGAAGACUCUGGAGGACUGGGGCACGUGUACGAUUAAUGUGAGGGCCGUCGACGCGACGUAUCCGAAGCCUAUUAGAUUAGCCGGCGCGCGCGUCCGCGUCGACGGCAACGUAAGUGGCGAGACGGACGAGAGAGGCGCUCUACAACUCAAGUUGAGGGCGCCGUCCUCCACAGAAACCUCCGUCACGGUCCAGGUGGAGAAGGACAGCUUUAUAAGUGACGCGACGUCGGUAAAGAUCCAGGCUUCGCAAGCAGCCCAAGCGAACAUCGCGCUACGGAGGACUCUUGUCAGAGUGGACGUCGUGCACGCGUCUUCUGGGAAACCAGUGACGGGCGACGUCGACUUUAGUUUAGAGCCGGACGAUUCCAGAAGUCCCUUGCCUUGUGUCGAGGCGGGAGACGGUCUUAUCUUAUCGAUAAAGCACGACCGUGCGACCUUCGAUGGGGUCGUCGCGCAGCGCCACCGGGAUGAAAGUCAGACGUAUUAUGACGUCGUCGGUGUCGAUGGUUCUGAUCUAACGCUGCUGAAGGUGAGAAGGGAAGACCUGUCACCCACGAAAGAUAACAUUGUGGUAAGGGAGCUGGAGAUCGGCGAAAAUGUCGCCUGCUUGUAUCCUCAUAAUGGACGGUAUAAACUAACAUGUAAAGCUCCUGGCUUACGAUUGAGUGGUCCCUCGGUCAAAACGUUCUCAGCACGAGAUUGGACAGAGAAGGGCCCGCUCCAGUUAACGUUGCGGCUCGAACCGUCCGUGGCGCGACUACGCUUGGCCUGCGCCACCGAGGACGGCGUACCUGUGAGUUGUUUAGCGGAUGUCGGCGGCGAACGGCUUGAGUUAAGUGAUGAUGGUAGCUUCUCAAUGAUAGAUGUGCCCUUACCACGCGGUAAAGUACAGGCGUCUCUGUCAUUACGAGUGGCCGCGCCUCAGUUUAUACAAGUGCCGCCCUUUGAGACGUCUCUCUCAUGCGACAGAGCGACAGAAGUAAUAGCUUAUGUGAGACCCUGCGACGUGAGAUUGACCGCCGUCGCCAAGGGGAAUAUCUUGAAGAAAGCGACAUUGCAACUCAUAAGAGUCGACGCCAACGGCGACGACGAUGAAAUACGCGUCGUGCAGCCCGGGUCUCGAGUUGCGGUGGAUGUGGGUGCCGAGUAUCGCGUCCAGGCUUCCGCCAGAGGACAUAGACAAGUGGGAUUACUCAAGACGUUCAUCGCCACCCCGGAGACGUUCUUGAAACAGCCGGGACCGGUCUCCCUAGCCGUCGACAUGGCGCCGGACGUCGGCGCGGUGGACCUGGCCGUGCUCGACGUUGUAGGGAGACCGGUGCGCCACGCGCGCGUCACCGUAACGUAUGAGCGGUUACCCUCAUUGUACCUGGGACAUAGGAGAGGCGUGCAGGAGCUCCCGUUGGACGGUUCUGACGAACUCGACGUCGAUGUGACCUGUGACGAAGCGGGCUACGUCCAGGUGAGUCAACAAAGAGUCAGGGUCAAGGCCGGGCGGCUGCGGAAGACGUCCAUCAUUUUGAGACGAAGCGAUAUUGUUUUAAGAGCAAUCGAUGCAAGAACGGGUGCGACGCUGCGAGCCUUGGAGGAUCUACGGUUAGAGUUAAAACCGGUGGAAGAAGGCAAAACGUUGUCAUUUAGCGGCGCGGGCGGCGAGGUCUUUGGGCCGGCGCAAGCCGUGGAUCUGCAGAAAGCUUAUAGAGUUUGUGUCGACGCUCGGCGCUUCAAACUAGUCGAACCGAUUCAUGCCGUUUCAUUCGCAAAAGCGGACUUUGGGGUCUUGGAGGACCACAAGCACCUGGCUCCUCUCUUAGAACGAGCGAGGGAUGCGGCUCGGCGGAAAGCUCGGAGAAGCGGCGUCGACGCCGACCGAGCGGAAGAGCAGUUGCGCCUGGAGAUCGACGCUCGGUUAGCCAAGGUGGUGGAUGUGCGCGUGGAGCCCCUCGUUGGUGACCUGAACGUCGAGGUGAUAGACGCUAGAACAGGCUUACCAGUACCUGAUAUAGCUCUAGUACUGAAAACAUCAAACAGUGAAGUUGAUUUAGGACUACAGAGAGGAAUAAUAGAGGACAUUCCCAUGAGUGGAGGCGGAGCCAUCGUCACUGCGGAAAUUCUAGUGAAGAGUUGCGACCGCGUGCAGCUCGAGCCGACGCGUUUCGACCUGCGAGCAGGUGAGACGAAUGACAUCCAAGUGUUUGUAAGGGACGCGGACGUCGUGAUCCAUUGCGUGGACCAAGAAACGGGCGACGCGUUGAUCCCGGACGCCUGUUACCUGGAAGGUGGGACUACUUUAGAUGCUUCUGACAGGUGUAGGGUCGUUGUUGAGAGAGACUACGAGGUGAGAUGCGUCGUACCUAGAUACCGACGGUUAGGCUCAAAACGUUUCAGAGUUACGCGAGACGACUUCCGGACGUUGACAGAUGUGGAAACACCAUAUCAAGUAGUGGUGCAUUUUGAGCCCUGUGAAGCAGAUGUCGAUUUGCGAGUCGAGGACGCGGCGACGGGUGCGGUGCUAUCGAGGGCCCACGUUCGCAUUGGCCCGCACUCCUUGGGCUGCACGCGCGGCUUGGAAUCGCUACGGUUGCCUCCCUCGACUCGCCAAGUAACGUGGCCGGUAAGUGCCCAACAGCAGGGCUGGGUGCUUGUGGCACCUAGGGACGUGGAACUGCAUGCCACGCCCCAGCACGACGACGAUCCGCGCCAAAUUACGAUACUAAUGCGGCGCUGCGAGGUCUUAGUGAGGUGUGUCGACGCGAUGUCCCGAGAACCGCUCGAUGCACACUGUUUGUUAGAACCUGCUAAUGAUACGACACCACAACCGUGGCGGCUGGACGACGCUGAUGACGCUUGUGUGGUCGACGUUUCUGAUACAGAGCGCACCGGUACCAUAAAAAGCGUGGGCUCAGAUCUAUAUGACGUGGCCCUAGAUGAUGGGAGUGAAGAACUGCGGUGUGCCGCCGAGGAAUUGAAACGGGAAGACGGGACGGAACCAUCGUCCUAUCUUAUUGAAGAGCGCGUCGUCGUCAAGCGGCCCCACAGCUAUGUAGUAAGAGCUUCGUGCGACGGCCACCGCCAAGUAACACAUUUGGAGGAGAUGACUUUUGCAGAAUCCGAUUUCGCGGGCCUGCCCGUGCAGGCUCCCUUGAAGCUCGAGGUGGCCAUGGAGGCCGUAGCUGGAGUGUUAGAUAUAAGUGUCGAGGAUAAACGAGGAGCCAAAAUAAGAACGUGCGAGGUCUGGCUCGACGGGGUCGCAUUGGGGACGCAACGAGGGUUAAUACCGAUCAACCUGCCGGGCGGCGGGAAGCCCCACGAGGCGCGCGUCGACGUGUCGGCCCCUGGUUACGCGUUAGUAGGUCCUUCUCGUGUGACAGUGUUUGCGGGGCAUACUACUCCAUUGAAGAUUAGGUUGGUCGCUACAAGAUGCCUCAUAAGAGUGGAGGAUGCGCGCGACGGCGCGCCGAUCGAGUGCCGCGUGUGCUUGGUGCGGGAACGGCCUAGGCCGCGCUUCGACGCGUUGCCGGCCUGGAUUCGAGUUGGAGACCGCGUCGAGGCUAGAUUGCAAGGAGACUGGGUCGAGGGCACGCUGGAGGGCGAAGACCCGUAUGCGGUGCAAUUCGACGAUACCACGAUACAUAACUUCGAGCAGUGUGAUUUGCGGCCGGUUUCUACCUAUGACAAGGUCCUGGCGGAUCCCGAUCUAGAUCCGGCCUUCGAUGGUGCGGGAAAGAACUGGUGCGACUGGCGCAGUAUGUCGCCAUUGGCUAUUGAUUGCGCCCCGGCCUCGUACCGAGUAUUGGUGCAGGACCCUCAAGGGGAGUUUCGCCAGGUCAGCCACUACGAGCCCGUGGAGUUCGACGUCGAUGAGCUCGUGAAGUACAAGGCAGCAGCUCGAGAACACGGGAAUGACUCGCUAGCUAGGAAACUGCUAGGGAAGAAAAAGCGGCGACCGGAGAAGAAGUCCGGCUGGUUCUCUUGGUCUGCAAAGGAAGAGGAAGUGAAACCGCCGCCCCGGGAAGAUGUAAGUGAUGGAGACAAGCACGCGAAGGUGGCUCUCGUUGUGGUCCAGGUGGCUCCGAGAGUCGCCGCGGCCGAUUUCAAAGUCGUAGAUCAAAGUGGGAAAGCUUUAAAGGCCGACGUUGCGAUAGGAGGCACGAACCUUGGGACACGAAGAGGGCGUGUGGAGUUGGACUGGUGCGCCAUCGCGCCGGACGCCUUCCUGCCGCCGGCGUGCGCGUGGCGCCAUGCCGCGGGUGCGAGGGCUGAUGGUUCUGGUGUCCCUUGUGCGGUGGUCGCGACGUUGGAUGGAUAUGUGCAGACCUCGGAGGACGUCAUUCCAUUUAGUUCGACUGGUGUCACGUCCUUUAAAGUGGAGAUGCGCAAGAGUACGCUUAGGGUCCAAUGCUACGACGCCGCUACAAACCAAAAGCUGACGGACGUGGCCGUCGACUUAGUGCCUUUAGAUGGUCAAGUUGGUGUGAGGUGGACCGCCGGGAGUAGUCAACAACAAAGAGUUGCUGUAGGACGAGCUUAUCGGGUCGUCGCGAGGGGCGGUCGGUUACGACAGACGACGCCGGCGGUUGACGAAGAUGUGGUCUUUGGCCGAGCCGACUGGGCCCAACUAUCAGAUGAUAAACCGGCCGAAUUAAGAGUUAUGUUGGAGCGAAGGGUCGCUACAGUGGAAGUUAAGGUGCUCGACGCCUCACGCCAACAGGAGACGCUGCUGACGCACGCGAGAUGCAAGGUCGGGGCGACGCACUUCUCGCAAGCCGAAGGCUGGCAACAAGACGUGGACCUCCCCUGCGGGCGCCAGGCCAUGCGCGAGAUGCCGGCUCUCUGUUCGUUGGACGACUACCUCCAAUUACCGCCGAAGCGCUGCGACGUCUUCGUCGGCGACGCUCAUAAUGUCAAUCUCGUGGAGCUGCGCAUGCGGCCCUUGUCCGUUUGUCUCCGAGCGUCAUCGUGCUACGACGACAAAGUUAUAGAGGGUGUGAAAUGGAGGUUGAGACCGGUCUCCCCUGACUUACCCUUAGUGCCGCUCGAAGCGAGACUUGAACAAGUGUUGCGGUUGGGUCAGAAAUACGUGUUAGAGUGUAGUGUCGACGGCUGGCGCCCCUGCGCGUCACAGGUAGAAGUCGAGGCGGACUCGCUCAUAGCUAGGUUCGAGGGUAUUGAUCCCAAGGAACCCUUACCGUUGGACAUCAAGUUCGAAGCGUCUUCCGUACCAGUACGACUCAAUUCUGUCAGGAUAGAAAACGGAAAUGAUCCCGACGCGAGGACGUGUGUGGUGGAAGUUGCUGGUAGACGGGUGCCGUACGGUGCUGUCGUGGACAUCCCUCUCCCCGAGGAUGUCGAUGCGUCGCAAGGCUGUUCCCUGGACGUGACGGCGUCGUUGCCAGAUCAAUCAUUGACGUUCCUCCCUCACCAAAUAAAGUGCUUCCCGGGCAGUGGCGAAGUGACUCAUGUCGAUUGCGUCUUCAAGGCUCUCUAUUUGUGUGUCACGGUCGUGGACACGAUGGACCAGGAAUUAGGGGACGCUUCCUAUAGGUUGAACGGCGGUCCUCGUGUUAAAUCCGGUUCAAGAGUGGCUGCUCACUUAGGUGAGUGUACAGUCGCGUGCGAAGCAAAUGGCUGCCGCCAGACGACGUUCCUAGAACCUCUGACCUUGAUGGAACAGGACUUCAUUUCAACAAAUGACGGCUUUGAACGUUCCAUAAAGGUGGUCUGCGCGCCGAGGAUGGCGACAGUACUCGUCUCAGUGACCGACGCCACGACCAACGAAGCCCUGCAUCGUGCCUCCAUAGAAAUGCGCCACGCUGAUCAAAUCGUGUGGUCGAGUGGAGGCACGCCGGCCGACCGCAAGGGAAUCAGAAGAGCAAUCUUAGACGACGUUCCGGGAGGCGGGGACGACGUCGAGCUCGCAUGUGUUUGUAGUUUAGAAGGAUACACGCAGAUCCAGCCCUUGACCUGUUUGAUACGAGCUGGAAGCGCAACGGAUGCCCCCUGGACCUGCGAGCUGCUGAUGCGCAAGUUUUACGUUUCCGUGGACGUCGUCGACAGCCACGGAAAACGCAUGGAAGGUGCUGGCGUGGAAUUACGAUCCUCGAGGGACGUCGUCGCCUACCAGCCUAGCGACGUGAAGGAGCAGGCGCCGUUACCGAUCCAGCUGGAUACGUCAUAUAGCAUCUAUCCCAUCAUUUCAUCGCUGAAGGGAGCCGGCGGCGAGUACGACUUCCGCGAUCGGUGGCACGCGGCGGACGCACCCAUCGUCUUCUCCCGUAGCGACUUUGAGGUGCUUGAGAGGCGGGCCCGCGAGUCGUUGAAAAGGUCUGUCAUGAAAUCUGACGACCCGCGGUACCCCUUCUUGAAGCGCGUCUGCGAGCGGCCGACGUGGCGCGCGUUGCAUGCGUGGAUCCAAGUGGCCGGUGUUAAAAGACAGGGCUUCGACGUGGCGCUGCCGCCCCUCAAAUUGGCGGUGCGGGCGUGUCCCGGUCGCUGCUUGGUGGAUCUGCGCGUCGUCGACGCGACGGGGGCGCCUUUAUCUGAUGCUGCUAUUCGUAUGAAAACUAGUGAGGAAUGGACUACAAUACAGCAGGGCGUGCAAGACAUACGAGUCCCGGGCGGCGGGGAUUUGAGAAAAGUGCAUUUCGACGCUUCAUUAGAGGGCCAUUUGUUGGACAAGGAGCACGCUUGCGAUCUACGAGCGACCUACGAUGAAGAUGAACCUACGCUAGUUCUGUUGAAGCUGUUUCCAUUAAAACUUCGGAUCAGGGUCACCGACGGCCUGGAACCGGCGCGCGGCGCUCGCAUAACGAUCAUGGGCGGCGACGGCGAAGAGACGUCUCUUGUUAACAGAGAAGGCGUCGGUGAGACUUCAUUAACAUUGGAUGAAGCGUUGGUAGUAACGGCCUCUACAGCUGUCACAAGACACGUGACGCUACGGUACUCGGCGGACGACGUGCGACGGUCGUGGGCCAAUGCACCGGGCGCGCCCGUCACCUGCGACCUCGACCUCGCACGAGCGAACGCGCACGUUACAAUCACCGUGACUGAUCUUGAUGGAAAGAUCCUCGAGGCCGCCGAGGUCGACUUUGGGGGCCGGCGCUUGACAAGCGGUGACGUCGUCGAGGUGCCGCCCUUGACGGAGCUGAAAGGCUGUUUCUUGUCAGGAUACGUCUUAGAUGCACCUUCAGUAGGGUGGCGCGUCCCGACUGAUGCAGAUGAGGUCGCGUUGUGUGUCAAGAUGCGCCCGACCUUGGUCACUUCCAGACUUGUCGACGCGCGGAGCGGAACUAUUGUGGAUACGCCCGCCGACGUGACGUUAACAUCACAAGAUGGCACGACGAUCUCGGGACAAGUCGGCGAUGCGUUACAUAUCACGUGUGACGUACCUUAUGAUAUUCGAGUGACGUCUUCGACAGAUCUAAAACAGGUCAGCCACCGCGACGGCGUCACGUUUACGCCCCAGGAGUCUCUGCUGGACAUUAGGGUCGACGUGCCGUCACGAUUAGUCGUGGAUGUGCGCGACGCCGACACGAACGCGCCUUUACUGGAUGCGGUUUUGAGUUUGAACGGCACCAUUGUUAGUAGAGGCGCCGUCGACGGCUUUGAGCGGUGCACCUCCCUCGACGUCGAGGCGACGCUAUCUUCAUAUAUCCAGCUCACUCCAACAAAAGUCGCUCUCGACCCUUCCCGUAAAACGUCGCUGGUCGUGACGAUGCGGGCUUGUAGAGUGAUGGUGGACGUGCAGGACGUGGCGGACGCGCGCAUCCGCGUCGACGAUCGACAAAUAGACGACUGGCGCGUCGAGCCGGGCCGCGAAUAUACAAUAGAGGUCGUCGCCGAGGGACGGGAAGUGUAUAGGGAGAAAGUACGGUUUGGGGCUGCUUUAUUUAUUGACGGGCCCUUCACGCAUUUGGUGGAAUUGAAUGCGGCUGCUGUUCAGGUGGAUGUGAGCGUCGUCGACGCGACGGGGACUUCAUUAAAUGACGCGGAGGUCGUUCUAGGUGAAAUGGAAGUAGGCCGCGACCGGGGUUUAACGGAAGUGCCUCUCCCGUCUUCGAGGAACAUUGACGUGGCCUGCCGUUUGCCAGGCUUCGUGCUGAUGAAACCGCGCUCACUAACAAUAAAACGGGGCGAGACCACGACCUGUCGACUCACGAUGCGACCGUCCAUGGUCACGCAUUCCUUGGAGGGCGCCUCCGUCGAGUUGAUAGGUGUGGAUGGUGUUGUAGCAUUGCCGGGCAUUGUGCAAGUGGGCCAGACCUAUACUCUGUACAGUAACACGCACAACGUCGAGGCGCGCUCCAUCACUUUUAAAGAUGGCGACUGGGACUCCCUGAGAAAUGACGAAGCUCUAGAGGUCAAGGUCGGCGUCGCCGCGUCGUCAGAAGGCAUUGUUCAAGAGGAAAGCGACCUCGUGGACGUGUCCGUGACAGUCGUGGAUAUUGAUGGAGGCGAGCUUCCGAACGCUUCGGUCAGUCUCGGCUCUACGAUGAUAGGCACUUCCCGUAAAGGUAGAGUUGGCAGAGGCGCGGUGCCCGUCAGAGCGACAUGCCCGGGCUACGCUUUGGUUGGACCGCGUUCUUAUGCUGGUGAAGCCCAUUUGCGCCUUAUGAUGAGGCGGGCCCGCGUUCGAUGUAGAGCCUUGGUGGACGGCGCGGAAUUAACAGGAGCGCGCGUCUUGUUCGACAACGACGCUCGAGACUGUAUGGAACCAGACCAGUCCUACGCCGUGACCGUGGCCCUGGAAGAUGAUGAUUACCGCAUCAGUGGGGCGGUAGCGAGGUGGCCGGGCGGGAGUCGUUCUUGGAACAACGCCUACGUGACUAUCGCAUUGCCGCACGACGCCUGGGCCGAAAAGUCGGAAGUGCAAUUUGAUCUAAACUUGGUCGCGACGACGGCCGACUUGAUGGUGGACAUCCGUGAAGAAUCAACGGGCUUCCCCGUGGCUGACGCUUCAUUCACGGUAGCGAUUGGAGAUGAUGUAUCAACAUUUACGGACGCGCGCGGCGUUUUGAGAGUCGCCGUCCCGUCAAAACGCGUCGACGCGGUCCUGGAGUGUGACGCUUCGGGCUGCGCGGCGUGGUCUCGAAAACUGUCGCUGCGCGCGGGUUCUAGAACCGAGGUCGAAAUACAAUUGCGACGCCUUGAGGGAGACGACGCGUCGUCGUAUGAGACGCGGUCCCUGCGGCCCACUACCGAAAGAACAUUGGACGACGUCUGGGCCGCUUCUAGAAGAUGCCUCGCGGAGGCGCAAUCCGAAACAAGGCCGGCAAUGAUCAGGGCGGACCUCGACAGGUAUGUAUUGUUGAGACCGAAGACCGUGGACCUCUCCUACUCGAAUACGGUGCAGCCGUUGACAGUUUGUAUGAGACGGUGCAAUUUGAGGGGGCGGUGCUACGAUGUCAGAGACGGUUCGUUGCUAGAUGCUGCUGUGGAAAUCGAGGCGCGGGACCCGGAGCGCGGUCCAGCCUCGCAUGGCGACGUUGUGUUGAACGCGAGCUAUGCCCUACGAUCUAAUAAAGAGGGCUGGCGCCAGGUCACGUCAUUAGGGCCGGUGACGCCGCUCGCGCGCCACUUUUCUGAUGGUGAUGCCAAGAAGCCGUUGGACGUCUUUAUCGGAUUGGAGCCGACCCAUAUUAAUUUGAGAGUGCGCGUGGAACCGGCGGACGCCACCGUUACGGUCCAGGGCUUGUCUGUCAAGAGUGGUCCCUCAACCCUAAAAGUCGAAGACCUUAAGUCAAGGUGGGUCAAGCACGGCGAUUCUCUAGCCUUACCGUUGAAGGUCGAAGCAUCCAAAGACGGCUACGUCUCGCAUACAACGACUAUUUAUGCUCGUGCGAUGCCGCACCGCACCGACAUAAACAUAAAGAUGCGCCCUGCUCAAAUUUGUAUACGGUGCGUCUCCACGGAAGGUAUUGUGAUAGAGGACGCGAUUGAUGUGGUCGUCGAGAACGAGCGCCACUCAUUAAAAUUCGGCGGCAUGGACGAAAGUGUCUUUGGGGCGUGGGUCGCGACGCAAAAAAAAGUGAAUAGAAGGGACCGGUCGCCGGCGCUGCAAGCGUUACUGGAGCAUGAAGCCGACGUACGUUCAGAAUUAUUUGCUGCUGGUAAGGCGGCGUCGUCAGCACGGGUGCUAGAGGUCUUCACGACGCGCGGCGGUGCCGACGGCGCGCGCCUCGCGGCUCAAGCGGGCCGGUCUAGUAGAGGAGGUGUGGUGGUCGGCGCAUCAUACACCAUAAGAGCGACCCACGCGGACUACCUCUCUGAUGUGAUGGAAAGGCGCUUCGACUCAAAUGCCUUUACUGGCAAUGGGCCUUUGAUUGUUGACGUGCCCUUGGUCCCGGUCUACUGCGACGUUGUUUUGAGGGUCAUUGAUGCAUCAACAGGCAACGACAUUACGGAUGGCGACGCGUCGAUACACGGUAUACGUCUCGGGGAGAGACGUACGGCGCGAUUGCGGCUCUUCGAGCACAGCCGGGAGCCACUCGACGCGGAUGUGGUCGUUACGCAUAAAACGUACGCUCAAGUUCAAAGUACCUACGAGCAGCUCAGGCCCGGACCGGUUCUCACGUAUACGGUGCGGAUGAGACCGACGCGAGUCCUUGUCACACCGACGCACGGUAAUGAACCGGUGCCGCUGGCAAGAUGUUCGUUGGUAACGGAGGACAAAGUUCUAGACGCGAAUGGGCCUGUCUUGAUCGAGUUAAAUGUAGCUUACAGAGUACGGGUCGAGCACGCUUCACUCAUAAAAAUAGGCGACGACCUUGUAACGUUUAGGAAGGAGCAGUUCUUGGAUGAUGAACUGUAUACACUCAAUGUCGAGAUGGCCGACAGAGGUGCUUCCGUCGCCAUCGAGGUCGUGGACGAAACGACCGGAGACGCGAUCGAUGGCCACGUGAAGCUGAGCGGUGUUGAGGUCGGUUCUAGUGUCGACGACGUUACUUGGAGAAGGUGCUUUCCCGUGAGAGCGACGUGUAUUCACCCGUCAAUGUCAUUAGUGAAGGCUACGUUACGCGUCGAGCGCGGCGCCGAUACGACAGAAGAUGAAGUUAAAGCAUCUAGUGAAGGUGCCCUCGUCCCUUCAUAUACGCCGAAGGCCGACGAAGGGGCCACGCUCAUCCUCAAGCUGCGCUCGCUCCAGUUUCGCGUUACCUGUACACACGCUGCUGAUUCUUCUUUCGUAUUUGACGACGCGUCGUUAACCAUAGCGCCGCGCGACGCCACGAUUAGUACAAGUCUAAAAGUGGAGAAGCAAGCCAAUGGCUGGCUCGUGUCUCAAUUGCCGCCCUGUGCGCAUGGCUACAGCGUCUGGUGCGCCGUCGGUGGCGCGGCACAAAACAAAGCUUGCGUCGUGACGCUGGACGAGUUAUUGAGAGCGCCGCGGGGCGAAGUUUUUGAGACAAUGGUGACGAUGGAGCCCAUUGACGGCGACAUUAAUCUAAACGUCUCGGACGGCGAGGGGUCGGACGUUGCUUUAGGCGCGCACCGCGUCGGCGGCUGGCGCGGCGCCAUUCGGUUAAUAGGCGUCUCCACCGGUAGUCUGGAGGUCGAUUCAAACGCGGACGCUUUGGUAGGAGAGUGCCGCGUGCGCGCGGGUGCUUCCCAGCACGUCGCGCUUCGUAGGAGGCGCACUACGGUAGAUGUGGUGGCAAAGUGCGACGGCGCCGUCCUCGAAGACGUGAGAUGUUCGUUAAGAGAUCAAGACGGUACAAUGUUAGAUCUGCCGGGGGCCGUCGUCGUUUCUACACAAAUGGGAACGCGCGACGGGGCUGAUGUUUUACUAGACGGCGGCGCACGCGUCAAGGUGCCCAAUCAUUUAAUCGAGGGCGAUCGACGAGUCAAGGUCCCGCGCCGCUACUACACGCUGGAAGUGUCUCGAAGCGGCUACCGCCAAGUGUCACAGAGAGAUGUCCAGUUCGCGUUCACGGCCGACCAGUUUGUCAACGGAAAGCAUCUGCUGGAAGUGGAGAUGGAGCGGUGCGGCGCCGAGCUGAGCUUCGACGUUGUUGAUAGUUGGGGGAAGCCCUUGGAGGGCGUUGCGCUGGCGGUGGACGGUGCGCCCGUCUUGGACGGGCGCUGCGGCGUCGAGACUGGUGUUGAGGAAGUGUCUGUCGUGGCUACAAAGGAGGGCUACGUGCAGCUCACGCCCGUAGCCACGCGGAUGUCGGGACGGGACACGCGUGUCCGGGUCGCGCUAGGGUCAUAUCGGCUCCACGCCGCCGUCGUCGAUGCUGAUGGUAAACCAGUGAACGAAUGCGACGUCGACGUCUAUUUGAAUGAUCAAUGUAUGCAACGGUUGGGACGGUUUAGGAGGAACGUCUUCGUGGCGCCGUCUCUCGAGAAAUUUGCCUUCCGGGCGUCACUAGAAGGGUGGCACACGGCCGAAGAAAAUGUGGACGCGCGGCUCAUCGCCCAGCACUCUUCCCGAACCCAGGCGUUCACGUCCGUCAAGUUCGGGGCGGCCUUCGCAUCCAACGAGAGGACGUACUCGCAACGGAUGUACCUCGCGGAUCGAAGCCGUCUACCGGAGAAUUAUCCAAGGCAGUCGCCGCGCGAGACGGCUUGUAGGCGGUUGAAAUGCUGGGACGAGAUGCGGGCGUUCUUUGCCUGGCGUCUUAAUACGGAUCUGGUCCCGCAAGCGACGCCUGAGGUGGGCCGCCACGGCGCCGUCGUUCUGGUCGUCGAGAAGGACGCACCCGUAGCCCCGGAAGUGACGUCCGUGGAAGAAGACGCCCCGGAGAAGACCGCGCGCUUCCACGUCGUUAAUGUAAGAACGAACAAUGCAUUGCCCGACGCCCAAUUAGUGGUGGACGGCUCCAGACAGGCCCAGGGCAUCGUCGCCUCUUCAUCAGAUUCUGUAGAGGUACGCUGCGAGCUCGAGGGCUACGUCCAGCUCGGGGAGACCACGCACUCGUUGGACACGGGCACCAAUGCCGACAUGGCGGCCUUUGCAUUAGACUCUGUCGAGUUAAGGAUGCGGCCGCGCGACGUGCGGUUGUGCAUCAUUGGCGAGGAUGAAGCACCGGUCGAGGGCGUCUCCGUCGUUCUGACGCCUGGAGACAUCAGCGUGACGCACGACUCCGUGCUCGUGCUGAGUGGUGAAGUUUAUAAGGUUACGUGUGCGACGCCGGGCUGGGUUUGUGGUUCCGAUACCUUGGAGGUCUCCACUGAAGCGUUCCGUGCGUCGGAAGCGGUGUUAGUGAGAGAGUUGAGGGUGGAGCGCGCGCGCGUCGCCGUGGACGUGGAGGUUAUCGACGUGGCCACUGGUGAAAUGAUCCCGGACGUUUCCGUGACCAUCGGCGGCGUAGCCAUUGAACAUGGGUCGCUGCCCUACGAUGCCACGCAGGGCGACCAAUCUAUUGAGGUGGCCUUCGCCGAGGAGUCCUGGAUCGUAUUACGGCCAAUCACAGUAAACCUCGAAGAUACAACAUCAAUAAGGGUGGAGUGCCGCCGGUGUUCUUGUAUCGUGAGCGUCGUGGAGCAGUAUACAAGUAAGACGCUCGAAAGUGCAAGGGUGACCUGUGGCGAUGUUGAGUAUGAGGCGGGUUCUGUUUUCGAGGUGAAGCCCGGGUCCUAUCCUUUAUCAAUCACGCUGGAGGGCGCCGAGACCAUACAGGAGUACACGCUAGAUGCGUCCCCAGAAGCCUUCUCGUCCCUGGAAGACGACCAGCCCAUGAUCCUAACAGUCGAAAUGCGCGCGACACACUCAUUACUAGAUCUGAGGGUGGAAGAUGAAAAUGGACAACUGUUGGACGAUGCUACCAUCUUUUUGGACGGCGAGGCCCACACACCAGGUUUGGUACGUAAGCCUUUCGCUGAUGACGAUGAGAAAACGUUCUCCGUUUAUGCGAGCAAACCUGGAUACGCCUUUGCGGGGCCCUCCUCCUUCAGCGUGUCGCGGGCGAAGAUCGGUAUGACGCGUCAAUUGGUCGUGAGGAUGCGCCCCGCUCUCGUACGGUGUACAGUAGUCGACGAAGACGGUUCUGCGUUGGACGCUGUCGUAAGGCUCACGCCUCCAUCAGGACCGGAAGUCAACGACGUCGUCGAUGUGGAUACGGUAUACAAGGUGGACUGUACGUUGAGGAAGUAUCAUAGAUCUGGUAUAAGGUGCGACUAUGGUACCGUAAGUCGAGAGGGCGACGCCUUUUGUAUUCAGUUCACGGACGCGGACUUCAUGCGAUCGUCGGCUCCACUGGAAGUAGAAGUCACGAUGGAGCCCGCGCGCUGUGUCAUUGACCUGUCGCUGGUCGAGGAGACUUCGACUGAGUCUGUUCUAGAUACGAUUUUAGUCGACAUUGGACAGCGGGGCUUUUCGACGGACCGGAGGUGGUCCGCUUCAUUGUCCGAGCUUCCGGAAAGACUGUCAAUUGCUAUCAGAGCGACGAAGCACGUCCUCGUGGGGCCGACGGUCGUGACUGCUGUCGAGGACGUGGUCGCGCAGACGCUGUGUGUCCGGCCCGCGCUUGUUGAAGCUCUGGUGUAUGACGAAGAUCAUCAGCAAGUAGAGGGCGCGGACGUCUGGCUGAAGCCUUUGGACGACGUGCAUGCAGCUUCUCUCGUUGUCCUCGAGGCAGGUGUACAAAAACAAUGUCUCGUGGAACUCGGGCGGGAGUACGCCGUGACCUGCCGCAAGGAACGUUUUCAUACAAAUUGCGCCACCUUCAAAGCCACGGCCGAUCAACUAAGGGCGUUGGCACCUGGUUCAUGUUUGAGGCUCGAGAUCGAGGCGCGGCGGACGCAGUACAAGAGCGUCGACGUCCAAGUACGGGGCCUCUACGACGUUGGUAGUGGUGAAAAAGACCCAGCAACCUUAGCCUCGGUGUCGAUCAACGACGUGGACCUGGGGCCAACGAGAGGUCUUAGGGACGUCGCGGCGGCCGAUACCACUCUAAGCACGUCAUGCAGGUUGCGGGGCUGGGCCCAGCUGCCGCCCUACGCCGUCCCCGUUGUUGAAGAUGUUACACCUAUCAACUUGGAGAUGGUGCCCGCGUUGAUCCGAGCCGUGGCUGACGUCGAGGUAGAAUGCUGGCUCGAGACUGAGGGAGACACGAUCCAAGUGCCCACGAUUGGGUGGACAAGGGUCCAGGUUGGUAUGGAGUAUACGUUGCGGGCGCGCGCUCCGGGCAUGCGCCUCGCUUCCAGUAAAAGCGUGACCUUCACAAGAGAGCAGUUCUGGGAGGCGUCGCGUCAAAUGGAGGCGCCGCCGUCCUCGUCCAGUCCCGUCGUCGUCUCCUUAGAUUUAGUCCUGGAACCGUCAACAUGUCAGGUGGAGCUGGAGGUGAAUAACGACGACUGCAGCUUGACGCUCGAAAGGUCGGGCCUGCCCGACCUGAGCUUGCAACGAGGCUCGCAGGUCGUCGAGGGGCUACCCUCAUCAAGCGUUUCUUCCACACUACGCGCAUCCCUCAAAGGCCACGCGCAACUGAAACCGCUCGGACCCAUUACAUUAGUGGCGGCCCAAAGGCACGCCGUCUCCAUUGAGAUGAGGCCGGCGACCGUUCUAUGCAAAUGUAUUGAUGCGCGGACGGGUGCGGAGUUGGUGCAUGCGCGCGUCCGUUAUGAGGGAGGCGGAGACGUGCGGUACGGAGGUCGUCGCUCACCGGUCGUCGUGGACCCGGCCCAUUACCGGGGCUGUAUUAUUGAAGAGAGGGUCGGCGACGCCUACCGCAUUUUGAGAGAUGACGGCGAAUCGGUAAUAGUGGAUGCGGACCGCUUGCGCGGCUCUUCGCCAGAGUGGACCGCGCUCGAGCAAGGACCGCCCUUGAAUUAUGUGUACGAGGUCAACCAACACGUAUGGAAUGGAAAGCGCCACGGCACCAUCGCGUCCAUCAAAGACACGACGUAUCGUGUGGAGUUCGAGGACGGCGCGGCCGAUGUGGAUGCGUCGAGGUUGAGGCCUUUGAACUAUGAUUUCAGGCGGCACCUACCUCCGGGAUUGCGGUGCGAGGUGCGCACGGGCGGCUCAUAUCAAAUCACGGCGGAGCUGAAGGGCUGGCGCCAGCUCGACUACACGUCUCCGCACGUCUUCGAGAACGAGGCGUUUGUUGCAUUGGGCGGUCCCGUCAAGCCCGAUAUUCAAGAAUGGGACGCUUCUGUAGUGACGCCGUUGUCCACAUCAAGCAAGUCGUUGUGGACGCGCUUUUUGAAGCCCGAUUUAGGAAGAGCUCUGAGGACGUGGCACCUCGGCGCGGAGGCGACGCGUGAGGCUCGUGCUCAAGAUGGUAAACUAAUAGCGCCUCCGUUGCGACUGGCGAUGCGUUUGGUGCCGGGCGUCGGGUCUGUCGACCUCAGUGUCACGUGCGAUCAUGUGGACGUGGACGCGGACAUUUCCCUGAUUCCCGUACAGGAAAGUAAAGCGGACCCUUCCAUAGUUCUAGGGGAACGACGGGGCAUCAUAAACAAUUUGGAGGUGGCCGGCGCCGGCGAGCCUGCUUUGUACAAAGUACGGGCCAAAAAGUUUGGGUACAGGGUGAUGGAGCCCUCUACCAUUUCCCUAAAAGCGGGCGCGUGCACUGCUGUCUCCGUCCAGUUGGCGCGCUGCCUGGCCAACGUAAACUUGAACGUUUCAGGAAAGCCGUUUGUGGGAGACGCAAUUGUGCGAGUGGUUUCGAAUGAAGUGGUCCUGGCGAGCGUCGAGGCGCGAGACGGUAAAUGUGCAGUGCCCGUGGAUCCAAGGGUGGCAAGCAAGUUGGUGGUGGACGCCGAUCGGCACGAGCAGAUUUCAGCAUUAAACAACGUGACCUGGGCUCCUUCCGAUUUUGAGAAAGGCGUGACCGUAGACAUCGCCCUCAGGGCCAUUGCCGUCACGUUGGACGUGUCUGUGGUCGACGCCGCUUCCCGUAAAGAACUACCGGCGGCAGAUGUAAGAGUGGGCGGCAUCGAUUUAGGGAAGAGGCGCGGUUUUGUUGAAUUGAGCGACCUCUCCCAAACGGGACUCGUACGAAUGGCCGCAUCUUUACAAGGGUAUCACAUGCUGCCUCCAUAUAAUGUUGAGCUUCUUCCAGGUUCUAUUGUCAACGUUGCGUUGCGAUUGCGGCGCUUCGAAGUUGUUUUGAAUGCGGCGAAGCGGAAGCACGGGAGCCUCCAGAAGCUGGCGUCGGCGGAGGUGGCUCUCUAUCACAAUGGAGAGAAAGUAAUGAAUAAGGACGGCGUCUACGGUAUUGAACCCAAUCAAAGCUACGCCAUAAUAGCUAGAGCAGAGGGCCACCGCCAGGCGUCGCUGACCGAUUCCAUAAUUUUCUCGCCGCAGCAUUUUGAUGAUGGUCUUGGGGAUAGACUCGAACUCACCGUAGAACUAGAAUCGGAGCUCUUCGAGGCGUUGGUGCGAGUUGUGGAUGAUGAGACCGGGGCACCGUUGGACGGCGCCAUCAUACAACUGGAUGGAUUCGAGACCUCUGGGCCUUCACCACCAACGGGCUGGCGGCGCAUUGGGAAGAAGUUGGAGGGCGUCGCGGGGCCCGCCGCCUUCCUGCCGUGCGUCGCCGCGGCGCCUCGGCGCGUCCAGACGUCGACGGCGCGUGUCGAACUGAGAAAUGAUGGGGUAGUGCCGUGUACCACUUUGCGACUGCGAAGGGCUUCCAUCGCCGUGCGCGUGCUGGACGACGAGGGGCGCGCGGUCCAAGACCCGGUGGUCCAGGUCGGCCUCUCGUCGAAAGCACCGGAGGAGGUCUCGACGCCGCGCGUGGGGACAAUGGCCUUAGACAGACGACGCCCGGCGCCGCAAUAUGUGCGGCCGCGCAACGAGGUGCUCGUGGUCCUCGACCACUUCUACGAUGUAAGGGUGGUGCAUGAACAGAUGCGCCAGCGCGACUUAUUGGACCCGCAGCGCUUCGAGGUCAUGGACUUCGGUCGUAGAUCUGGAGACGCGGCGCUUUCGAUCCGAAUGGAGCCCUACCGGUGCGCCGUGGACCUGAAAGUGGUGGACGCGUUCGGCGACGACCUGCCGCGCGCGCGCGUGCGCCUCGGCGACCAUGAUCUCGGGACGCGGCGCGGCGUGCUCGACCUCGGGCCGAACGGUGCAGUUUCAUCUCCGGAGGAGGAGUAA